GUGACGGGUGUGUGUUUAUGUGAGGAACUUAUGAGUAGAGUAUAGAGUGUGUAGAGUAUAUAGUGUGAGUAGGGCAUGGACUGGCUGUCAGGGAUAGCAGGCUGCGUAGCUGAUUAGCUGUUUAGCUGCAGGACUUGACUUGUUUCCAUGUUGACUUAAACGUUAGGCGAGGCGUCUGUGCGCAUGCUCUUUGCUCUCAAGUCAGUGCAGGUUCAAAGGUGUGCAGUCGGCUUGUUUUAGAAGAGUUUAGAAAGACCCAGGCUCGGAAGACUGUCUCUCAGCACUGCAGUGCAGAGGGGUUAAUCAGGUUGACCAGCUCUGUUUUAAUGAUUGUCUAGCUUGGUCAGAUGGAGGUGGUCAGUCUGCCGGUCCUGCACCGCAUGGCCGUGUGUGGUGGUACUCAUGGUGAUGAGAUGACUGGGGUUUUCCUGGUGCCUGAGCUGGAGAGGCAGAGGAGAGAGAAGGGUGAUGGCAUUUGGCCCAUUGCCUUAACCACUGUGCUGUCUAACCCUCGGGCCAUCAAAGAAUGCAAGAGAUAUGUGGAAAAGGACCUGAACCGUUGUUUCACCAGCGCCCUCCUAAGCUCCUCCAUCACAGACUCCACUCCCUACGAGAUCCAGAGAGCCCAGGAGCUGAAUUCGCUACUGGGUCCUAAAGACACUGAGGAUGCCAUAGACAUAAUCUGCGACCUCCACAACACCACUGCUAACAUGGGCCUUACCGUUAUCUCCUACUCAUUCAGCAACUGGGUCUGCCUGCACCUGUUCAAAUACCUGAAGGAAAAGGUAACCACAGUGCCUGUGAGGUUAAUGCUGCUGGAUAUUCCCAUCUGCGAUGCUUAUUCUUUGGAGUCUGUGUCAAAGUAUGGCAUUUCUUUGGAGGCGGGGCCACAGCCGCAAGGCGUCGUUAGAGCGGACAUCUUUAAUUUCAUGAAGGAGGCGGUCAAUGCUGUUAUGGACUGGAUUAAAAUCUUCAACUCAGGACAAGUAAUAGAAGGAGGAGAGUUGGAAUCCUACAUGGUUGAAAAGAGUAUAGACUACCCCAGAGACCCUGAAACUCAGAGACCCUCAGCUGCCGUCCACCCACAACUUCAGGAUCAAGACUUCUGUCUCCUCAAACCUGGAGAUCCCAUGUUCCUCACUUUCUCUGGAGAGACGGUGAAAUACGAAGGAGAACCCCGCCAUCCUAUCUUCAUAAACGAGGCUGCUUACUACGAAAAGGGCAUCGCCUUCCAUCUGGCUCAGAAGAAGAACAUCACCAUUCCAAGCAUACAAGCGAAGAAAGACUGAGAAAGAGAAGAACGGAAAAGAACUGAAGGAGUGAAGAUUAAAGAAAGAGAGAAUUUUUGGAGGGAAGCUAUGCACAUUAAUGCCAAAGCAGACAUUGGGCCUCGUGCACAACUUUUGUGUUCGUAUUUUAAACUUUUAAAAUCUUUUAAACUAAUCUGAUCUGUGAAUCAGUGGCAAAUUGGUUUAAUUGGUGCAACCUAACUUUUAAUUGAAGGUAAGACUGGACGCCACAUUGACUGACUUUCAAGGCAAAUGUGUUAAAGCCUCAUUGUGCAUUGCUUCUGUAAUGUCAAUUCAUAGUAGCAAUGUUUCUGAGGAUUAGCUGCACCAGCUUCAAAUUCCCAGGCAGAACUACUCUGUGAAGAUUAGUUUGUUAGUGGUGUUUGCUAGCUUUGCUGUUUGCUAUACUCACCUACUCAUUGCACUGGGCUGAGUGAUGUUCUCUUGAGAGGGAUAUCCAGUUAGUGGGAAUAGAAUUCCUUACUCUAAUUCCCCAAUUAGGCAAGCUACUUGUACAAACGUCCAAAAAAUAAAACAGCCAGAAUGAAGAAAUUGCUUUACUCUGAAGAUGAUGCAGCUGUGGGUGAGGUUCUAAUUGCAAUCCAGCAGUUGAAUGAGGAACUGCAGCUUCUUGAGACAUUGGCGAGAGCAAUCUUGCAUAUCUGGACUGUGUAUACAAUACAGAGCUAACUGGUUUGACCCGUGUCUUAUUAAUACAAAUAAUUGAAGCACAAGGCCCAAUGUCUUAAACUGUCUUUUGAUUGUCAGAGAUUUUUAUUCUUAACAAAUCACAACCUCAGGUAUGAAAUCCUACUAACACUGUGAAAUAAUGGGCUGUGCUUUCCCAAUACAGAUGAGCAUAAUCCUAAAACGGAUUUGCCUCGGAUCGUCGGGAAUCCUCAUUGAUACAAUUAAUCUUUAUCUGGAAAGAGCCCUUUACACUUUUCUCUGCAAAAAGUGUUCUUUCAGUUGUAAUGACAGUGCAGCCCUAUUGGUGCUAUUUGGAACCAUCAUCAUUUUUCCAUUGUUAUGGACAAUCAUUCGAGCAUCAUUCGAUCAAUUAAGCUGCCACUGCUUGUCUUAAAUGAAGAACUCUUGAAGAACCCUUUGUUUAAUGAGGGCGUCUUCACAUCUGCACUUUUAGUCUGGUUUUAUUGGAAUCUGGUUUGUUUUCACCCUUGGUACGAUUUGUUUGGGCUGGUGUGAACACAGUAAAUCACACUAGAAUGUGGACCAAAGCAACUGCACCACAACCUUUAAGUGGACGAGGCCUUGGCUUAGUCCCAAAUAAACUCCUGAGACAUCGCCAUCAAAUGCCAUGGCUGCUGAUGUUUUGGUGCAUUUCUGUGUGAAAACAAACCAAACCAUUGGGAACCAGAACAAACCAUAUACAGGUGUGAAAACACACUAACAGUGUUAGGGAUGCUACAAAUCACUUACUUGAAAUGUUUUACGAUUUUGCUUAUAUCCUUCAAUACUUGCAAUAAAUAAAAUUAAUUCAAGUCCACUUGAAAA